ACAUCAAUAGUUCAUAUCCAUCCUUCACUACAGGAAGCAUCAGAAUGAAACCGCAAAUUCCAAUAGUCUUAGACACCAAUGACUAUUCACAAACAUUGGGGAAAUCACAGCAGAUAUUUAAAGAAGAUGGUGAAUUGGCAGGAACUGGGCAGCAAUCAUUAUGUACAGAGAGUAAUUUAGUCAUCAAACAAGAGGACAACAUUUAUGACUUAUCUAGUGAAAUUAUUAUCCCAGAGGAUAAACCACACAUAUGUACUGAGUUUUCAAAACAUAUCAAAGAAGGGAAAAGUCUGCAUUCUAGCCAAAUAAUUCAUACAAAGGAGCAACCUUUCAAAUCUACAGAAUGUGAGAAAAGCGUUAGAUGGAAGUUUCAUCCACUAGAACACUACAAAAUUCACACAAGUGAGAAACCACACACAUGCCCUGUGUGCGGCAAAUGUUUUACACGAAUGAAUAAUCUGAAAAGUCAUGAAAGGAUUCACACAGGGGAAAAGCCGUUCACAUGUACAGAGUGUGGGAAAAGUUUUACACGAAUGGAUAAUCUGAAAAGUCAUGAAAGGAUUCACACAGGAGAAAAGCCUUUCACAUGUACAGAGUGUGGAAAAUGUUUUACACAAAAAAGUGAUCUGAAAAAGCAUGAAAGGAUUCACACAGGGGAAAAGCCUUUCACAUGUACAGAGUGUGGGAAAUGUUUUACAGAGAAGAGUCAUCUGAAAUAUCAUGAAAGGAGUCACACAGUAGAAAAGCCUUUCACAUGUACCGAGUGUGGGAAAAGUUUUACACAUAUGAAUAAUCUGAAAACUCAUGAAAGGAUUCACACAGGAGAAAAGCUAUUCACAUGUACAGAGUGUGGAAAAAGUUUUACACAAAUUAGUAAUCUAAAAUAUCAUGAAAGGAGUCACACAGGAGAAAAGCCUUUCACAUGUACAGAGUGUGGAAAAAGUUUUACACAAAAGAGUAGUCUGAAAACUCAUGAAUGGAUUCACACAGGAGAAAUGCCUUUCACAUGUACAGAGUGUGGAAAAAGUUUUACACGAAUGGAUCAUCUGAAAACUCAUGAAAAGAUUCACACAGGAGAAAAGCCUUUCACAUGUACAGAGUGUGGAAAAAGUUUUACAGAAAAGAGUGAACUGAAAAGGCAUGAAAGGAUUCACACCGGAGAAAAGCCUUUCACAUGUACAGAGUGUGGAAAAAGUUUUACACAAAAGAGUAUUCUGAAAAGUCAUGAAAGGAUUCACACAGGGGAAAAGCCUUUCACAUGUACAGAGUGUGGAAAAAGUUUUACAGAAAAUAGUAGUCUGAAAAAGCAUGAAAUGAUUCACACAGGAGAAAAGCCUUUCACAUGUACAGUGUGUGGAAAACGUUUUACACAUACAAGUAAUCUUAAAACUCAUGAAAGGAGUCACAAGGGAAGAAACCUUUCACAUGUUUAGAAAGUGGAAAAAAGGUUUUUAUUGAAAUCGGAUAUCACAAAACACCAAAUAUUUACACACCAAUAAACUUUAUAUACACAGUAUACAACCUUUAUACAAUUAUCCUAAAGAGGACAAACUCUCUAAAUAGAAGCAUCAAAAAGGAUCCUAUUGUAAAUAAUACUUUCUAAAUUCCAGUUAAAAAAGCCCCAGAUUUUAAGUGCUCCGGUGCACCUCAAUUUCUCUCAUAUAAAUGUGAUAGAAUCCAAACACCACACAGGAACAUACAAAUCUGUCCUCAUCCAGUUUACACAACCAUUCACCACCAAAGCACCCCCAGUGUUGUUUAUUAAUACGUCAGUGUUAGGCAUUGUACAUUUGAUUUACAUAGGGGAGGAAAUAAUUACAUUUACGUCUUUAUAUGAAUAGAGUGUUAGAGAAUUAUAUAAACAAGAACAUCAGUCUCAAAUGAUUGACAUCUGGGAGAUAUAUUUAAUUUGCACAUCAUGUGGAUAAACCUUUUCUUAUAGCAAUAGAUGCUUAGCAUUGUACAUGUUAUAUACCAGAGGACUUACUGAGGGGAAACUGAUUUUAUUUAAUGAGACAAUAUCAGUAACGAGUACAUACGUGAUCAUAAUCAGUUUAAUUUAAAUGGCUACUAUAACCUACAUGUAUACUGGGUAUGUAAUAUGUAUGUCAUGUUCUGUAACUUGAUAUUAUGUCUGUUAGAUGUUUUCAUGUUAGUUGGAAGCCACAAGAACUGAUAAUAGCACAUACUGUAUAUAUAAAGGGAACAUUAUAUGUCUGAUAAAUCCCUUUGUAUCAAGAGCACAAGUGUUAGGUAUAUUUAUACCAUUGUGUGCAUAUAUCAUGUAAUGCUGCUUUUUACUAUAUAAUUAUAUGUAAUGUUUUUUUGAACAGCCAAUAGGAUUUCAGUAGCUUUCAUCCUUUUGGCUGAUUUUGAAGAAUCAAAGGAAUUCAAGAGACGCCAUAUUUAAUUGCGUACCUUGAAUUUCCUAUUCAGUGUGCGGCGGUGAUCGUACGAAGAAGAUCCUCCACACUCCAUGGCUCAGCGGUCUCCGGUCUUCAGUUCCGCGGUACAGGAUGAAGAAGGAAGAGGUCCCAGGCUUGGAAGAAGAUUGCGGCCGCUUGGAAGAAGACUUCACUGCCGUCUGGAGCAGGAUCUUCUCUGCCGGACUUAAGGAACCAUGAGUACCUAUCUUGGGGUUAGAGUUAGGCUUUUUUUACAUUUUGGGGGGUUAAUUUUUAGAUUAGGGGUUUGGGCCAUCUUAAAAGAGCUGAAUGGCCCUUUAAGAGCAGUAAAAGAUGCCCAAUCAAAUGCCCCUUUUGGGGGAAAUGAGUAGUUUAGAUUUUUUUUUUUGAGUUAGGUUAUUUUAUUUUGGGGGUUUGGUGAGUGGGGGGUUUUACUUUUAAAGGGGGGACUUAGUAUUUUUUUUUUUAUUGCAAAAUCGCUGUUAAACUUAGGGCAAUGCCCUGCAAAAGGCCCUUUUUAUGUGCUAUUUCGCUUAAUUUAAACUGUUUAUUUUUAAAGUAGUGUUAGGUUUUUUAUUUUAAUUGUAAUUUAGUAUUUUAAUUUAUGUAAUGGGGUUAAUUUAGGGCAUGUUAGGUUAGGGGCUUAGUGAUUAGUUAUUUGCGUAUUGGCGUUUGGUGGUUUAGGGCUUAAUAGAUUUAUUAGGGUAAUUGCAAUGUGGGUUAAUGGUGGUUUAGGGGUUAAUAGAUUUAUUAGGGUAAUUGCAAUGUGGGUUAAUGGCGGAUUAGGAGUUAAUAGAUUUAUAUAGAUACUUUGCGUUAUGGGGCAUUGCGGCUUAGGGGUUAAUACAUUAGUUAUUGCAGGGGGGUUGCGGUUGAGAGGUAGAUAUUGUGCAUGCAUUAGUUUUUUUAGUUUUUUUAACAGCGAGCGACAAAUAAAAUAUAGUGCGGCACCGUAUUUGCGAUCUAGUGUAGUGUAAGGUCGGGUUACCAUAGUAACCUAUUCAUUUUUGCGACAUUCAUAUCGGGUGGAAACGUUUACUCAACGCUAACUUACACCUACACGAAAUGGGCAACCACACACAAAGUGGUAACCGCUUCAAUGGAAACCUGGUACUAAAAUGGAGCUGUAAAUUACUUUUAGCUGUCGGCCGCUUCUGUAGCUUAAGGCUCUAUUUUUAAUGGCUCAAUGGAAGCAAGCCCAUGGUAGGUAAAUCACUAUAACUAUUCCUUUAAAAAAAAAAUAUUUGCUAAAUAGUGGUAGAUGUGGAUUAUUUGUUACUUAAGGGAGUAAUAGGAUUUCUCAAUCUUACAGUCCUCACCUCCUGUUUCUCAACCUCCUACCCUUCUAGAUUGUAAGUUCCCUUGGGAAUAGGGCCCUCAAUUCCUCCUGUAUGUGUUUAUACAUUUUUUGUCCUGUCUCUUACAAGUUUCAUAUCAUUGUUUUAUUUAAACAAACUGUACCCAUGGACAGCGCUACGGAAUAUGUUGGCACUUCAUAAAUAAAGUAUAAUAAUAAUAAUAAUUAAAA